GCUGCAAAAUUGGCAAGCAGAUUCCAAAGGCUCCACUUCAAAUGUCCAUUGCAGCAUUCGUCCUCAGAGCUUUGGUAAAUGUUGAUCCACCACAUUCCAGGCCCUGAGUACCUUUUGCUGCUGCUGAUUAAUCAUUUGCCUUCCCUGUGAUGUGUAAUUUGGGGAUAGGAAGCAAGUCAGGGCUGGCCGCAAUAUAUUGUGAAUCUCUGCUCGAGGGGUCUCUCCCCACCCCCUUUUUGUAUUCGCUGCCCAUCCAUGCAUUUUGAUUUGCGCACGCAAUCUGCACCAUGAGCUCGCCGGCAGCUUCAAGAUACUGCUGGCUACUUCUCUUUUUCUUUCCCUCUGCAGCAAAAGAGAACCUGGAGGCACCAUCUUUCAAGUCAGGAAUCCUAUACCAGUACCGCUACUCAUUGGGUGGCCAGCUAAGAUAUCUGUCGAGGCCAUCUUUGCAAGGAAGCAAGCUGCAGGCUGAAGCUCUGGUGGAUGUGCAUCUCGUGUGGAGAAAUCCCAACAAUGCCGGGGAGCACCUUCUCCAAGUCCAAAUCCAUGGCCUACAACUCCAUCACGAUCCGGAACAAAGUAAGAGUCAAACUGAUAACAAUGAUCAACCUGCCCAAGUUUCACUGAACACUACAGAACUGGAGCAGCCCGUUUUCCUGCAUUGGAAAAAUGGGAAGGUUGAAGGCAUCUAUGAAGACAAAGCUGGAAGCCCCUUAACUUUGGAGCUGAAGAGAGGCCUGGUCAGCCUUCUCCAGUUUCAGACCCACCCUGGGAGAGUGACUGAGGAUGACAUUUCUGGGAGCUGCCCAGUGACCUACACAGUCUCCAAGGAUUCUGUUCUGAAGACAAAAGACCUACAUGGCUGCAAAAGAACAAAGUUUGGAUUCAGCUCUGUUAACAAGGUGUUUGGAGUCCUGUGGCAACCUGUAAGUAAAAGUCUUUAUUCUGUGGAAGGACAGCUCCUCAAGUCCGCAUUGUCCGAAGAAAGUCAUACAAUCUCUCUAAACCUCAAGUCUUCUGUUGGAGUUGAUAUCACCUCCAGGCAACACCUUGAACUUGUGACUCAAGUGCCUGGAUCAAAAGAAUUACCUGGGAAAAGUCCUCAGGAAGCCCUGGCGGCUGUGCUGAGAAAACCGCAACCCAUUAACAUAGCGAGCGACCCUGUCAAGAGGACCAACACCCAGUACCCAACUCUCAAAACUUACUUGAAAACACUGGCUAAAAGGAGACGCAGAAUGGACCUCUCUGAGGCAUCGACCACUUGGCAUUUUUGCAAAGUUGUCCAGAUGUUGCGGGAUGCCAAGAAGAAGGACAUCCUACUGUUGUUGAAGAAAGCACCAGAAGAGAUGGCGUCCUUCUACGUUGAAGCUGCAGUGGCUGCCCAUUCUACAGCUUCCUUGAUGGCAGUGUCCGAAUUUCUCAGUUUCGGGAGCAAAAAGAACGCCGCCUUGCUGGAGAAGUUUUUCUACGCUGCAGCCUUCUCCCCUCGCCCUUCAAAGGAGCUCUUGCGUCUGGUGGUAGAUAAACUGAAUGGAAAGAAACUUGAAGCAGCCACCUGGGAAACAGGGAAUAUUGUAAUCGGCAGCCUGAUUGGCAAGCUGUGCCAAAUGAAACUGUGUGGUCUUCAAGAAGUAAGACUUGAAGUAGACUCCAUCGUGCAAAGGCUCAAGAACACCAAGAAGGACUCUGAGAGGGUGAUUUAUCUGUUGUCCCUGAAAAAUGCGCUGCUCCCAGAAUCCAUUCCCGUCUUCUUGCAUUAUGCAGAAGAGGGCUCUGCCACGGUCUCAGCCACAGCGCUGAACGCACUACAGAGGUACUCUGCACAGCACAUCUCAAACACGGUUAAAAUUGCAUUGAAACGCAUAUUCCAUGAAGUGCAGAGACGCUAUUCAAAAAUUUCAAGGCUGGCCGCUGCAGAAAUCCUGUUGAACAAUGAUCCUUCGCCAGAGGAUUUCACCAAUAUCCUGUUGGCCACCAGAGAACUUGAACCAGAAAUGUCAAGAUUUCUGCUGUCAAAAAUCCAAAGCAUCGUACACUCCGGUCAUCAUCCAACCAGGAAGGUUGCUAAAGAGGUUCUGAGUGACCCACAGAUAAAUAAUUACUACUUCCUCUCCUCUGAAGCUGGCAGCUCCAUCUCCUUCUCGGGACCAUUGACAGCCACCAAUGACACUCUCUCUACCAUUGGCCUGGAUCUCCUGUUCUCAGACAUUGGCAUCCUGAGGAAGAGCACCACCAGUUUCAAUAUCCUAAGCCAUGGCUACCAGCUCCAAGCAGCUCAGGUGGCCAUAGAAGCAAAAGGAUUUGAGGGCAUCCUGGGAGGCAGCGCAGCCGACGGAGAGGACGAAUUGAUGGCCGGCAUGUCUGCUGCUCUGCUUGAUGUCCAGUUACGGCCAAUCGCUUUCUUUGAAGGAUACACAGACCUGAUGUCGAAGUUCUUCACGAGCUCAGGAGAACCCACAAAUGUGGUCAAAGGGAACGUAUUGCUGAUGGACCAUCUACAGGCAAUCCCACUUCAGUCUGGUUUGCAAACUGUGAUCACUCUCCGAGGAGGACUUGGGUUAGAUGUUUCAGCUGACAUCAAUGUGAAUUUGUGGGAGCAGGAGUUCAAAACAGGCGUCGAAACAAGGGGCGCACUGACCAUUGAUUUCCAAGCAGAACUGGAUGCGCCAUUUUUUCAAGCCACUGUCAAAACCCAAACAGAAGUCGAAAUGGCCACAAACUUCAAUACAGCUGGAAGAGUUUCUGCCAUGCCCGUGCUCAUGUGUCUGCAGCUUACAGAAGAAGAAGUCGCUUACAGAGAAAUCUUCUCGGUCUCAGAAUCCUCUGCAAACCACAGCACCACUGUCCGCAAAGGGAGAUGGACCACCAUCCCUGGGCGUGAGCUUCCCUUUCACCGAGCCAACUCUGAAAUGUGCAGGAUCCUGCUUGCAGAGACAAUGGAACAAUAAAAAGCAGCAUCCAUAUGUC